AUGUUUUCUGGGUCCGGACGACGACCAUUUUCGUCAAAGAUAAAUCCCAGCUCGCUUUGUGCCAUCAUGUUUGAUUGUGAACAGUGCAGCCGUUCAUAUCGGCGACAGUCUCAACUGGUGGUGCAUAUGCGCCAACACACGGGUGAGAGACCUUUUUCCUGCGAAUGUGGUAAGAAUUAUGCCCGUGAAGACCAUUUGCGACGACAUCAGCGUUCUUGCCCGGGGGACAAGGUCCCACCGUCUGUAACCGGUGAGCUACAACAGACAUUCCUGCAUAGAAAACUCUACUCUUGUCCACAAUGUGGGGCUGGACCAUUCCGUCAGAAGAAGAUGGUUUGGGCCCAUGUUGCAAUGGUGCACCGCGAACGCAAACACGUUUGUGACCACUGCUCAAAAGCAUUUCCCACCAAGUCCAAAUUGGCCCGUCACGCGACUCGGCACCACGGAUUUACCUGUCCCCACUGUGAAAACAAUUCAGAUGGACUAGACCCUGUCAUAUUCAACAACUUUGUUGGCUUGAGGCGGCACAUUGCUUCGGUGCACCCGAAACCAGCGCUGACCUGCAGUGUCUGUGGCAAACAUUUUGACAGACCAAGUCGGCUCAAGGAACACGAGCUAACCCACACUCCUGGUGGUCCGGAGCUCCGGCGCCAGUAUGUUUGUACCCUAUGCCCUCACAUUCUCCCGUCAGUAUCCAAAGAAGCCAGUUCCUCGCUGGGCGAGGGCUCGUCUGAGGCGACUAUCCAAGUAACGGCGUUCACGGCGAAAAGGAACCUUCAUGCUCAUAUGCGAUUGGUCCAUGCAGAUCUUGUUUUCCCGUGUACAUGGCCCACCUGUCCCGUAUUGCUGUCCACUAAACAAAAACUCUUACAACAUCUCCAACGCCAUGAGGCGAAUCGUCCAGUCGCUCAGUCUAGUCGAAACAGACGUCUGAACACACAAGGAGAGAAGAUUGUCACCUCAAAGCACAAGGUCAAACCGUUGGCGACCCAUGGACGACGAUCUUCGCACAAGCUCCAAACUGAUGAAGAUGAGACAGCAAGUCAGAGUAGCAUAGUCGCUCUGUUGAUGGAUUCUGGCGAUGAGUUAUCCGCACAGGAAUCUCCUGAAAGAGACUGGGUGCUGUCCACCUCAAAAAUGGGCCAGAGUCGAGUCAUCCAUCCGCUUAGCUUUAGUCAGACCAACGAACAAGAGGAAAUGAGAAAAUCGGUCCCCCUUGAUUUCGUGCUUCGACUCUGUCGAAUGAAUCCGUUUGCGUCUACUAGUGCCAGAGGUGCCGAGCCUUUCAAUGCGAGCAUACUACCAUCUUAUCAGUUCGCUGCGGUUUCCGGCAGCGUUGAGUCUUCUAAAUGUAAGUCUGCACUCGGCGAACGCGGUCCAACCCUACCGACAAACCAGUACCCACAGGAUCCCUCCCGAACCGACCAGAGAACGAACAAAGCCGAUGCCUCUUCAACGAGAAUAUCAUAUUCUCCGGUAACGUAUGCUUCGGUAGCAGCCAGAAAACCCCCAAAUUCCGCACGCUCUCCAUUGGAAACAAAACACACAGGUCAACCUGAAAAACCAUCUAUCACCAAGAAUCAGAGGAACUCUAUUCAACUGGGGCCGAAAGCAAAUAAUCCUAAUGGAAUUGAUCCAGUACCAUGUAGUUCUGGAUACAGUAGUAGUCUGGAACAGAACCCGAUACAGAGUUCUUCCACCGUGUCCUGCGAUGCCCCUGUGGCAUCAUCACCUUCUGGUGCUCGUGCUGGGUCAUCGAACAAACGCAGAUCGAAGAAUAGAAAAAAGGUCCCUGGACUUAUUGAGCUUGGUUCAAUAGAAUUCCCUCACGCGAGUAGCCCCCUGCAGAAGGGAAAGCGCCGAAAACUUCGCGCGUCCUCGCUAUCCUCACUGGGUCGUUCUCGGACUCUUCCUCAUAACUCCUCCGGUGCCCGUCGGUACGAUGCACCGAUCGAAAUUCCCCUAUCCCAGUUUAUCAGCGUUGAACCACAAGUUUCUCCCCGUAAACCAGUGACUUCUCAUGCUGCCGUAGUUCAGAAAACUCAACUCAAAGGCAUCAAUGAGAAUGCACGCAUAGGAAAAGUGCGCGAAACACCCAAAACCAAACGACCAACAACGCUGAAGCGUGCCAUACUUGCCGAACGAGAAACUCGAAAGAAUCGACGAAGUACUUCAGCUCCGGCGACAGCUAGGAGUGGUGCACUUUCUACAGGAGAUCCCAGCAACAACGGAGACGUCCCAUCGCCCGCGAAUCAAGACGUAAUCACGAAGACAGGAACAAAUGUCCAACGCCCGACAUUGCAUAGUUCUUCAUCAAAAUCCGAUAACAAACGACAGGACGAUUUGGUCACCGAACUCUUGCAACGAUUGUCCCAACUUCAAGAUCGAGCAUACGUGAAAUUCGCACACGCCCCACAUCAUCGUAAAAGGACAAAGCGCUAUGUUUGCGGUCUUCGCGAGGUCGUCAAACACCUACGCCUAAAACACAUUCGUCUCGUACUGAUAGCCCGAGAUCUUGAAGGAGGCGCAAGUCGCCAUUGUCGAAAACUAACAGAACCGGCGCCGUCAACCAAUGAGGACGACACACAGCUUUCUGCCCUUGAAAAUAUUCUCGACCAAAUAUGGCACCUUGCAACGGAAGAUGCAGAACGGCCCACUCCAAUAUUGUUGACCCAUACGCGUCGGUUCCUGGGCUACCUGUCGCACAAAUCGUGCCGUGUGUCUGUCAUUGGAAUUCUGAGUGACGCGGGAGCCGAGUCGAUUAUGCAGAACCUACUGGCUUUAAAAACGGGAAUCAACUUACCGCAACCGCUGACUUCAUUCGGUUCUUGUGAACGAGAUCAACCAGCUGAUGAGGAAAGUCAGCAGACGAUCGCAACCAGCUGCAUGUGGCAUUGUCCUUCGGACCUCCAGGGCGCCUUCGCCUCCUUGUCUGUCGGCACAUGAAAAAGAACAGUGUUCCGUUUCGGGCAUCUCACAACCAGUUCUACUCUUUCCUACCACUUUAUUUUAUCUCGUGAUUUGAGUACUAUCUGUGACGUAAUAUUGUGUAUGACGCACUUUGUUUGAGUUGAAUAAAUGGCAAGGAAUGGUGCAUUGUUCUCUGGUUGUUUACUGUACGAG